ACAGAAAAAAGAGUGGGCAGAAAAGCAAAUGAGCCAUUGAAGUUCCAGAGGCUCUCUCUCUCUCCCCCUCCUCCUCACUUUCUCUCUCCUUCUCACUUUCUCUGAAACAAAUGUAGAGAAUUUAUACCCUCUAAAUUCUCACUCACCUUCUGCACGAUUCAAUCUUUGAGGUUAUUGGUUUCUGGGGACUGAGAGUCUCUGUGAAUCAUUGAAGGUGUUACAAAGGGGGUAAUGGUUAGGGAGAUGAGCAGAGAGCAGCCACCGGAGCCUCUUGAUUUCUUUAUUUGGACUGUUGAGGAUGUUGGUUUAUGGUUAGAAGAGAUAAAUCUGGGCAGUUACCGGCAAACUUUCAAGGAGAAUGGUGUCAAUGGAGAGUACCUAGAAGGCAUGUCUAUGUUCACUACUGAGCAGAUUCUUCGCUUUAUAAGACGAUGCCACAUGAAAUGGGGAGAUUUUAUCACACUGUGUAAGGAGCUAAGGCGAAUUAAAGUCGCUUGCCUGAAAGGAGAGCAAAAAGUCCGCAGGCCAUGGUGGGCUCCGUCUUGCCUCUCAAUAGUAUUUGUCAAGGUGGCAAAGCGUAACAGACAAUCACGCGUUGUUUCCUUGAAGCUGGAACCAUAAAGGAAGAUCUUAUAUGUACCUACCUAUAUAUAUAUUUAUUUUUUUUGGCUUAGUGAACAGAGUAGGAAAGUAUCUUUUUCUUUCUUCCUUGAAUCGAUCAAGUUACCUGUUUGUUCUUUGCUGGAGAACUCUGUUUUAUAGUCUUUAAUGUAAACUAUUACUGGUCGUUUGAUCUUUAUUUACUUUGAGAGCCAUGGGGCAAUCAACUUCUUGUUGCAAAUCAUCCAGCCAAUGUCUGUGAAGUUAGUUUUUCCUUGUACUUCUUUCCCAUUACAGUAAAAACAAGAGAGUGAUGAUCUACUCUGGAUAAUAGAUUUUGAUCUUCAUGUUGGAAUGUCGGUUCA